UCCGUUGGGCAUAGGGAGUGUUCUGCUCUUGUCUCGCGCUCACAGCAGCUGCAACGGCCGCGCCGGACGCACGCACCCCUCCUUCCUUUCGCCGCGACCACCGACCGCCGACUCCUGGGAAGAGUCAUGCCGGCCGUAAGAAGCUCUUGAGCACUCAGUCCACCACAGAAGUGUGCGUGAGAAAGUGAUGCCGAACGCAUCGUAUCUGUUCGGCAAUGACACAGUUUCGGGCUGGGGGCCACGCGUCUUCUUCUCCUUCUACAGCGAGUUCGGCGGCGAGGCCCGGCGGCCGGCGGCCGUGCUGGAGGCAGCCGCGCUGCUGGCCGUCGUGGUGACCUCGGCGCUGGCCAACGCGGCCAUCGCGGCCGCCAUCCUCCGCUACCGCGAGAUGCGCACCGUCACCAACGCCUUUCUGCUCAACCUGGCGCUGGCAGACCUGGUGUUCGCCCUUAGCGCGCCCCUCGUCGCCGCCACCAGGAUCACGCAGCAAUGGAUCUUCGGUGACGUCCUCUGCAAGACUCUGCCCUACACUCAGUUUGUGUGCGGGAGCGUGCUGCUGUGGACGCUGACGCUGAUCAGCAUGGACCGGCACCGGUGUAUCGUGGUGCCGCCGUACCGCUCCCGCCUCACGCCGCAGCGUGCUGGCCUGCUGAUGGUGGCCACGUGGGCCAUGGCCGCGCUACUCUUCAUGCCGGUCACCUUGUGGUUCCACGUGCAGCAGGUCGAGCAUCCGAUUGACCACCACGACGUGCUCAUCUGCACGCUCGUCUUCCCGCGCACGGCCGUGCUCACCGUCUCGCUCGCUUUCACCGUCCCCGCCAUCCUCUUCGCCUGCGUUCUCCCCAUGCUGCUGCUCGUGUACCACUACCAGCGCAUCUUCCACAAGCUGUUGACGACUCGUAGUCGGUGGCUGGUGCCAGCGAGCUGCUCAGUGUCGCAGACGGCGGCGGGGACGGGCGACAACCAUGCGGAGAAGGUGCGUCGCGACAGCCAGAUCAGCUUCAGCGGCAUCGUGGGGCUCAACAAGACGCUGCGCAAGCUGUCCGUGAACAGCCGGCUGUCGGCGCCGCGCGGCUCCGUCUCGAUGACGCAGCACGAGGAGCAGCGCCUCUCCAAGCACCUGCGUGUCGUCCGCCUGCUGCUGCUCAACGUGCUGCUUGUCCUCCUCAUGUGGCUGCCCAUCACGCUCGUCCUGGUGCUCAUCUACGUCGACGGACAGCGCCCCAACGACGCCCCCCUCACCGACUACUUUCUCAGGUCAUGUCACUUUGUGUGGGCGCUGACCCUGGCGCUGCUGAACACAGUGGUGAAUCCGCUGCUGUACGGCGUCUUCUCGGAGAACUUCCGUGCCUGCCUGUGCAAGAUGUGGAGUGGUGGCGGAGGUGGUGGGGGCGGCGGAGGCAGUGGCAACAUCACCUGCGACCUGGCGAAGGAGGCAGGCGGCCGCAAGAUGAGCCUCUACUGCAGUAGCGGCGCCCUGCCCAAGCGCAGCGGCGCCGGCAGCUCUGGCGGCGCCUCCGAGGGCCGCUCGCCCUCCGCCGUGCACGUCGCCAACACCACCAGGACCAAACUUUAACCACACGUUCCAUUCCACCUUUUGUUGGCUCCACAUACAUAAUAUUAUUCGCACGAUGGCGUGCGAUCUGAAAACUCUCUUUGGCUUCGCUCUCUAAAUAAAUUUAUUUAAAGUAUUCCCCUAAUUAUUUAAAUUUGAAUAUAUAUCCUUUCUACAAAUUUCCGAAUGUAUACUUUAUUUAAAGAUGAAAAACUCGCUCAAUUAAAUUGAUCCAAAUACACUGAUUUUUUAAAUCAAUGGAAUUCAUGACUAAACUUUCCUUUGGUUCAUUUGAUAAUUUUGUUGAUGAAUUCGAAGCCGGGAAUGUGUCUCAGGUGCACCGCUUUAUCAACCUGACACGUUUUAUCUUGUGGAAUCUCUAUCUGUGUUGACACUUUUGAGAUAUUAUUAAUAUUGUAUGCUAUACUUACGCUCGAGUUACGAGAAAAAGAGAGAUAUAUAAUAUGUGAGUGUGUGUAUAUACGAUGUGUUCUAUUUUUGCGUGACUGCCAAAGCGAAUCUACCUGGAUCAACUUGCAUUUAAUGUAUACAUGUAUUUUAAAUAAACGUCACAUAUGCGUUAAAA